CUGCUCAACAGAUUUAUGAACUAUGUAGCCAUGACGUCAAAAUUCGAGAAAAUUAAUUUAUAUUUAAAAUUGUAUAUUAUUAUAUAAUAUUAUAUAUUGUGACGUUUCGAUUUUUUUUUUGAUAGGUAAGUUAAAUUCGUAUUUGUUUCUCACGAUUUCUCGUAUAAUAUUAACAUGGCAUUGAACAUCAAAUUAGAUGCAUUUUUGAAUACAAAACCACAACCGGAAUGGUUGAAUCAGUUAAGAGUGACUAUUGCGGUGGCCAAAAAGUUUGAACAGAAAGGUGAUUACGAAAAAGCCGCAAAAUGUUAUGAAACCGUCUUAUACUAUGACCCCGAGGACACUAGAACGCGCGUCAAACUCAGUAAAUGUUAUCAGAAAUUGUUACAACCCGAACAAGCGGCAAAACACCAGACUCAAGCAAUGCAAAACGAUCCUGAUUUACUCCAAACCAUUGAGAACGAAGCUAGUGUAAACUUUAAAUUGGGAAACUUUGCAAGCAGUUUAAUGACUUACAGUCGAUAUUUUAUGCGAAGGAAAACGUCGUUUGAUUGUAAUCAAGGAUUACUGAAAGUCAAUGAAGUUAUGGAUAACUAUUUACCUGUUAAUGGAAUGAUGAUUUGUUUAAAAAAAACAAUAUUAAAAAUGAUAGAAAAUGGAAAAUUUUUCGACUCGGAUGCAUGCGAAAAGUUGAACAAUUCUAAAAAAUUAAAUAAUAUUCACAAAAGUCACACUGAACAAACCCAAGAAGCAUAUUAUUUACGGAACAUAGUACAAAACGUGAGAUUUUAUAGAAAACAGCUGGAUGUUUUACCUAAACACAAUAAAAAUGAUAAAUUAGUUUAUGAACAAAUCCAAAACGUCGUUCACACAUUUGAAACAGCCAAAAAAGAUUUAUACCGAAAAAAACCAUUUUAUAUUUACGAAUGUCUAAGACCAAAACGCCAGCUUAAUGACCAGCGAAAAAUCAAAGAUUUGAUCAAAUUACAAGUUGCCAAGUAUAUUAAUUCAAUAGUUGAAUAUUGCUUGUCCGGCGAAAUCGAAUUAGCUCGACGACAAGCCGAACUAGCUAUGAAAUACAUGGAAGAACAUCGAUUUAAACCGUUGAAGGUGGUGAACACCUUGUACGAAGUAUUCGGUUUGGCUCUGUACUUGUUGAAUCGGGAUAUACCCGAGUGGUCGAAUGAAAUGAACGACAAAAGGAUAUUAUUCAUAUUGGGUUCGAGCUUCGACGAGAAAAACGCUUACAAUCACGUCUUUCACGAGUCAUAUUUCGGGAUCAAAAACCAAAACACGAAGAGUUGUUUGAAGAAACUCUCCAGGCAGUUAAAUGGCAUCGAAUUAACCACCUACAGUCUGUACCUUCAGUACGAGCGGAUUAAAUGCUACAUGCAUCUAAAAGAAUUUAAAGCCACGAGACCGUUAACGAAAACAAUGUUCAACGACGCUUGUACUUUGGGCAGUAUCGCGUGGCAAGUGAAUGCCCUUAUGCUGACGAUGAUCUCCGAGUCUAAAUUAGGCAACGGGCUCCAGUGUAUAAAAACCACAGAGUUUAUAAUAUCACUAAGUAGAACUCUGGGAGAUGAGAACGUCACUGCGUUUAUGAGAAAAGUGUGGAAAUUAUUUGCCACAGACCAAGUGCGAGUUCCUGAAAUGGGCACCGAAGAUGAACGAAAAGCAGAUAUGAUAAACAUCAUGCCGGACUCCGAAAACAUUUUACUCAUGGAAAGUUUAUUAAACCGUAUCGACAGAUUGCCUAAAGAAUGUAGGAUAUCUUUGGCGUUAGGAGAACAUUCAGAAAUGAACUGCGCAGAUCAUCGACCAAACAUUAGACAGGGACCCUUGAUAAUCGACAAGAGGUGGAAAUGAAAACGUAUAUUUGGCUAGGUUUAUUCGCUGCAAUGAAACAAAGAUCCGAUUUAUCGAUCCAACUGCUGUUUGUGUUUUUAAACUCGCGACCGAGUAAUGUUAAUAUCAAUAUUAUUCGUAACUAUCUAUGCGUAUUCUAUUGCGAUACAUCAGAGGAAAAGGGGGAGCGUUAUAUAUCUUAAGAGUUAAGACGGAAUCACAGCUACGUCAUCUAUCGUGUCGUUUCCAAAAACUGUAGAAAUGUCCCGGUUUUUAAAUUUCACCGCGGCUUUUGUUCGUCGACUGUGACUUACUUAAUUACAGUUAAUAAAGUUACCAUCACGUCACUACGACUGAC